CGCUCCGGAAGGAAGAAGGGAAGGAGACACGUGCGCGUGCGCGGCAGAAUGGAGCUAGUAUGUGGCUGCUACGAGCAGGUUCUUUUCGGGUUCACGGUGCACAGGGAGCCGGGCCCGAGAGGCCAGAGCGAGAAAUGGACCCCUGUGGCUGACUUCACCCACCAUGGCCAUGCUGCCUCCUUGUCAGCAGUGGCUGUAAAUAACCGUUUUGUGGUCACUGGAAGCAAAGAUGAAACAAUUCACAUCUAUGAUAUGAAAAAAAAGGUAGAACAUGGAGCAUUGAUGCAUCAUAAUGGCACAAUAAAUUGCCUGAAAUUCUUUGGUAAUGGGCACUUAAUUAGUGGAGGAGAUGAUGGACUAAUUUGUGUUUGGGAUGCAAAGAGAUGGGACUGCUUGAAGUCUAUUAAAGCACAUAAGGGACAUGUGACUUCUCUUUCUGUUCAUCCAUCUGGCAAAUUAGCACUAUCAGUGGGAACAGACAAGACAUUACGAACAUGGAACCUUAUUGAAGGAAGAUCGGCAUUCAUAAAAAAUAUAAAACAAAAUGCUCACAUAGUUGAAUGGUCCCCUAAUGGAGAGAAGUAUAUAGUUGUCACAAUAAACAAGAUAGACAUUUACCAACUUGAAACUGCAUCUAUUACUGGUACCAUCACCACUGGAAAGAGAAUUUCUUCUGUUACAUUUAUUUCGGAUUCCAUACUUGCUGUGGCUGGAGAUGAAGAAAUUGUAAGGUUGUUUGACUGUGAUUCACUAAAAUGUCUCUGUGAAUUUAAGGCUCAUGAAAACAGAGUAAAAGACAUUUGCAGCUUUGAAGUCCCAGAGCAUCAUGUUAUUGUGACAGCGUCAAGUGAUGGCUUCAUCAAAAUGUGGAGGCAUAAUCCAGAUAAGAAGACUCCGCCAUCUUUACUGUGUGAAGUAAACACUAAAGCCAGACUCACCUGCCUUGGAGUGUGGCUAGACAGAGUUAUGGACGCCAAAGAUGAACUUCCUACAGCUGCAGCCCCUUCUCCUGUAAGCAAAGAAGAACAAGAGUUCAAAACUAGCCCCCCAAAAUCUGAUGAUUCAGCAGGAAAACAGCAACAAUCCAAGAAAUUUGGUCGGACUAAGGGUAACAAAAAACCAACAAAAGCAGAAAAUGUAGUGUCAGUCAAGAAAAGAAAAUUAGAAGGUAUACUAGAAAAGAAGAAAAAAAAGAAACUACAAAUCACUGAAUAAAUCUUUGAAAAUUCAAGAAAAUCUUUGUAAUGCAAUCAUUAUUUCUUAAUUUUGCCUAAUUUGUUUUUAAGGAAAAGUAAGGAAUUUCUACAUAUGAGAAAUUCAUAUGGCACAUAUAUAUGAGAGCUUCUUGUAUUCUAGAGGUCUCAGUGUGUAAAGUAUAUAUAAUGUAGUAACAUAAAAUAUGCAAUAUUUUUGUUAUGUAAAGUAAAUAAUGUUUGAAUUUACAAUCUUUUCAGAAGUCCUAACCCUAUUCUUUUCAUCAAAUUUAAAAUGAAUAGAGAUGGAGAGUAUCAGUGUGGUGGGAAAUCAACCCUUAGUGGAAAAAUAUUUUUACAAAGUUGUAAAAUUGUUAAAAAAAAAAAGUUGAAAAAGUUUGUAAAUGAUGUAGGGAAGGGUAACCUUUAAAGUGUUGUUUUCAUCCCUUCUUCCAAGAGUGGAAACAUAUCUUAGCUGAUGUGUGACUCAGUGUUCUCAACAAAGACAAAGAGACACAGCACACAGUCAGCUUAUUGCGGUGGAGUUAUCUUCUAACCAGUUUUCUGACUGGCAGAGUAAGAAAGGGGAGUGUUUAAUGCAGCUGCAUGGAGAACCAGUACUUGAAGCCCAUGAAGGAAGCAGGAAGGAAAUUGGAUUUUAUUUUUAGUCUGAUAGAAUAAAGUAAGAAUUUCCUUAAAUGUGAGUUAGAACUUUUUUUCCUUUGUAGGGCAAGGUUUAAGUAAUGGGAUGAUCAUCUAAAGAACUUUUUUAUAGGUAGGGUAUAUUAUGUGAGUGAAAUAAAAAACAGACACUUGGAUUGCAAGUAUUAGAUUAAGUGGAAAAAGGAUAAAGAUGGUAAGAAUAAAGUCUGGGAAACUGGCAACAUAUUAUUAUCUGAAAUUUCAGUUAAUGUCUUCUGUGAGUUCAGGGCUAUGAUCAGAGGGCUACACUUUUUCAAAAGAUCGGAGGUUAUACCAUACAGGAUUCAAUGUUAGUAAGAGUCCAUAGGGGAUUAAGGAGUGAAAGUUUAGCAUGAGAAUCAGGUUUAUGCAAGUGUUUGCUGACUAGAUACACAUAAGAAACUUAGCCAAGCCAUACAGAGUCUGUGCUGGGAUUCCAUGUGUUGGAAUUACCAAGCAGGCCUUUGGCUAUUUAUAUAGAAUUCUAUAUUUAUAUAGAAUAAUGGUCUAUAGUGAAAAUUGAUGAGGCAAGUUUUAUUGUACUUCUAAUGACAUUUGAAAAAUUGUAAGUGGUCACAUCUGCCAUUUAACUAUUUUGCUUAAUCUUCAAAGGUUCUUGGUUAAAACAAAAACUUAAGUUGUAUCUAUUUACACCUCUUGGUUUUUGUUAUUCAAAGUAUGUUUAUAUUUGAGACUAUUUAUGCAGAAAGUAUAUUCAUUUAUAUAGCAAGUAUCCACAGUGUCUAGUGAAUGGCUUAGAUAAGCACCAUCAGAGCAUUUGCCGCAAAGUGAUCAAAGGGAUUCCCUUGGGGGAGGGACGUGUCUCAUUUUUCUCAUCUAAAACUACAUAGGUCUAAAAUCUUACAACCUUUUUUUUUUAAAUCUAUUCCCUUUUUAUAUAGCCUUUAUGUUCUGUAGCAUGAAAAAGUUCUUGCCACCAAAGUCCUUGGUGUUACAAUGUUUUAAUAUCAGAACUAAAUUUAGUUUUAUCAAUGGAAAUGCCCCUAUGGAGAAUGCAUUAUCAGCUGCCCUGCAGCUGAAUGCUCCUAUGUCUGUUGGAGUCUCCCUCUAUUAGAAUGUGAGAGCUUGAGAAGAGGGGUAUUCUUGCUUUCCUAUUUGUAUCCCCAAUACUUAGAGCCAUGCUUUGUACAUAGCACUUUAUAAAUGCUUUUUCGUACAUUCAGGAUGUGAUUUGCUUAUGAAAAUACAGUGUGACAUGCCCCAUUUGAAAUGAAAGUAUUUCCUUAGAGUUAUGUAAGUGUGAGCAAGCUGAAAAUUUUCUAAGCCAGUUUAUGAGAAAAGUGGCUGUGGUUCAGGCUCUGGUUCUUUCACUUCCUAUGAGACCAUGAACAGCUCACUUAUGCUUUCUGUGCUCCCAUAACUUCAUCUGUACAGGGUGUCCCUAAAGUCUGGACACAGGAAAAAAUGCAUAUCUUGAAAUAUUUGGAAUAUUAACAUACCUUAGCCCCCUUGACUUCUUUUUCUGGGGUUGCUAAAGGAGAAGAUGUACUCAAUGAACAUCAGAGAUGCAACACUCUUGAUCGAACGCAUGAAGAGUGACUGUACUAAA